GGGUUUCUUCCUCCGACCGCUCCACUGCAAACCUCACCGCCCCCUCUUCUCCUUCUCCCCCCGACCGGCGGCGAGGAGGUCGCCAGCCAGUCCGGCCGCGCCGGCGCCAUGGCCCCCGUGAAGGCCGAGGACCUGGUGCCGCACCCCGUCAGGGAGCAGUUCGACGGCCUCGACUUCUGCAUCACCAGCCCCCCACCAUGGCUCACGACGGUGGUCGUGGCGUUCCAGCACUACCUGGUCAUGCUCGGCACCACCGUCAUCAUCCCCACCAUCAUCGUCCCGCUCAUGGGCGGCGGCCAUGCUGAGAAGGCGAUCGUGAUCCAGACCAUCCUCUUCCUCGCCGGGAUCAACACGCUCCUGCAGGUCCACUUCGGCACGCGGCUCCCCGCCGUGAUGGGCGGCUCCUACACCUACAUCUACCCGAUCGUCGCCAUCGUCCUCAGCCCGCGACACGCGCUCAUCAUCGACCCUCUCGAGAGGUUCGUCCUCACGAUGAGGUCGAUCCAGGGCGCGCUCAUCAUCGCCGGCGUCUUCCAGGCCGUCGUCGGCUUCUUCGGCAUAUGGAGGGUCUUCAUAAGGUUCCUGAGCCCCCUCGCGGCGUUCCCAUUCGUCACGCUCUCGGGGCUGGGGCUCUUCUACUUCACGUUCCCCGGGGUCGCCAAAUGCAUCGAAAUUGGUCUCCCCGCCCUUGUUCUUCUCGUGCUCUUCGCAGAGUACGCCUCCCAUUUCUUCGUCAAGGGGAGCUUCGUGUUCGGCCGGUGCGCCGUGCUGGUGACCAUCAUCAUCGUUUGGAUCUACGCCGAGAUCCUGACGGCGGCCGGCGCCUACAACGAGAGGGGCCCCGUGACGCAGUUCAGCUGCCGCACCGACCGGGCCGGGAUCAUCCAGGGCUCACCUUGGGUCAGGUUUCCCUACCCGUUCCAGUGGGGGUACCCCAUUUUCUGCUGGCAGGAUUGCCUCGCCAUGCUGGCUGCUUCUUUUGCAUCGCUUAUUGAGUCUACCGGUACCUUAAUCGUUGUGUCAAGAUUCGCCGGGGCAACAUUCUGCCCACCUUCAGUGUUCUCGCGUGGAGUUGGCUGGGAGGGCAUAUCCAUCAUACUGGAUGGGAUGUGCGGUACAUUGACAGGCACAGCAGCUUCAGUUGAGAAUGCAGGUUUGUUGCCGUUGACGCGAGUUGGAAGCCGGCGAGUUAUAAAGAUCUCAGCCUUGUUCAUGAUUUUCUUCUCAUUGUUUGGGAAAUUUGGGGCAGUUCUUGCAUCUAUUCCGUUGUCACUUUUCGCUGCACUGUACUGUGUUCUCUUUGCUUAUACAGUUGGUGCAGGCCUCAGCCUACUUCAGUACUGCAAUCUCAACAGCCUGAGAUCAAAGUUCAUAAUCAGCAUCUCCUUGUUCCUCGGACUGUCCAUCCCACAGUACUUCCGAGUGUACGAGAUGUUCUUUGGCUUUGGGCCAGUUCACACCCAUUCCGUUGCGUUCAAUGUGAUGGUCAACGUCAUCUUCUCCUCGCCGGCGACAGUAGCAGCCAUACUCGCCUACCUCCUGGACUGCACCCACUUGUACUGGGAAGCUAGUGUGAGGAAGGACAGAGGCUGGCAUUGGUGGGAGAAGUUCAAAUCCUACAAGCAGGACUCCAGGAGCGAGGAGUUCUAUGCUCUGCCUUAUGGCCUGAGCAGGUACUUCCCCUCGCUUUAGGAUGCUGAGGGACUCUGAAGAGGGAGAGCUCCCUUUAGAACCAAUGUGAUAUCCCCUAUCAAGCAGAUGGGAGGGAGCUAGAUGUUUUGAUUCUGCUUAUAAAUCAUUUUGGAUGAACAAUUUUAAUUUCAGAGAGACUAGGAGAUUUUGCAAUAAUUCAGUCACUA